UUAGGAGUUUACUGUUUACUCAAAAGAGGAGGGAAGUUCAACAAGUGACUACAGUUCUUGCACACGUCUUAAUGUGAAGUGUAAUUACGGCUUUAAUUCGUUUGCUGUAACUGACUACAAAUUACAUUGGAAUACUUAGUCAAUCACGUGAGUAUCCGCUGAAGCGUGUCUGCAGCUUACAUCAAAACCGAGAUGUCUCGAAGAAAGGGGUUAAGUCACGAGGAGAAAAGAACUAAGAUCAUGGAACUGUUCUAUGAGAAAAAGGAUUUUUUCCAACUGAAGGAACUAGAGAAGCUGGGACCUAAAGAAAAGGGUGUCAUAUCUCAAUCUGUGAAAGAUGUUGUUCAGUCUCUUGUUGAUGAUGGCAUGAUUGAUACAGACAAAAUAGGCACUAGUGUAUAUUUCUGGGCUUUUCCAAGCAAAGCACUCAGCACACGUACAAAGAAAAUUGAAGAACUUCGAGCUCGUCUUCAGGAUUCAAACAAAAGACUCAAAACAGCUCAGACAAAACUAGAAGAAGCCAAGGUUGGGCGGGAGGAAGGUGAAGAUCGUGAAGAGGUUCUUGAACGACUUGCUGAGUUGGAAGCCAAAAAGAACGAACUGUUAGGAGACAUCCAGAAGUAUCGGGACUGUGAUCCAGAGGUUCUCAAUGAAAUGAAGAGUGGUAUAUUGGUUGCCCGUGAUGCUGCUAACCGAUGGACUGACAACUUGUUUUCUGUAAAGACAUGGUGCAAAAACAAAUUUUUCAUUGAGGAGUCUGUUAUCAAUAAGCAGUUUGGUAUACCAGAAGAUCUUGACUAUUUGUAACACACAACACUCCUAUUCUGUCCCACAUGAAGUAUUUUAUGACCAGAAGAAACUACAGAACCACUAACAGUCAAUACUUCAAAGGAUAAUUGCAUAAUUAUAUAUAUAUAUAUAUAUAUAUAUAU